AUGGGCAUUAUAUUAAUUGAGCUUCAUACCUCAUCCAGAUCGAAUAAUAUAUUUUCCAGGUAUGAAGAAGAUAGUCAUGACCCAUCGGUGCUCCAGUUGAUAAUGGGGGGAGCUGCGGUUGACUCUGUACAUAUUUUCCAGUUAAUGAUGAGAAUGAUUCAUAUAUCCAUAUCUGAAAGGCAAGAGGGAAGCCAUGAAGUUUGUACGACGUUAUAUCCUUUGCAUCACCAGGGUUCAGAGAAAGCUUGGCAAGCACAAACUUCAGAUGAAUGUGGAUAUCAGAUAAAGAAUACCCCACUUCUCGAUGUUUUCAUCAAUAGUAUUGUGUGGAAGAGAGAGUCUCUCUGUUUAUCUGGUAUUCAACCGGGGGAUUUUGGGCUUGAUCUUCUAUGGAGAAACUGUAAGAACAUCAAGAAACUUCAGCUGAAGUGCUGGGAAUCUUUGUUGGGUUCAAGGGACGUCGGAAGUUGUUAUGCUAAUGAUGUUAAUAAGAUUAAUGGUAUCAAUAAACACGAUUUAUUGGAUGAUGAUGAGGAGGGGGACAUUUGCUUGAUUUGUUGGAACCCUGGCGACGGUGAUAAUCCCCUGCGAUACCCCUACGCUUGCAGUGGAAGCAUUGAGUUCGUUCACCAAGAUUGCCUUCUUCAAUGGCUCAAUCAUAGCAAUGAGUAUUGUUCAUCGGCUCUGCCAAACUCCGCAUCAUCUUCAGGGGAAUCUUCGUUGGGUUCAAGGGAUGUCGGAAGUUGUUAUGCUAAUGAUGUUAAUAAGAUUAAUGGUAUCAAUAAACGCGAUUUAUUGGAUGAUGACGAGGAGGGGGACAUUUGCUUGAUUUGUUGGAACCCUGGCGACGGUGAUAAUCCCCUGCGAUACCCCUACGCUUGCAGUGGAAGCAUUGAGUUCGUUCACCAAGAUUGCCUUCUUCAAUAG